AUGCAGCAGUGGGAAGAUGGGUAUGAUCACAAAGAUUUGGGUUGUUGGAAUUCUUCUUUCAUCAAUACAUUAGAUUUUAAGGAGGAUGAUCUCUUAUUGCCCUCUUGGAACAAUCUCUUGUUUGAAGAAGAUGGAUCAAAAGAGACUUUACUGCACAUUAGAGAUGAAGAUUCAGUGCUUCACGAUGAGAUCUUGUUAGAUUUGAGUUUCAAUGAAUCAAUUGAGUUUUCUUCCAUGGAGGAGAAAAUCCAGGAUGGUUCAGAGCUGCCAGAUAAGAAUGAUGAAACAAUGAUGGAUUCUGAAGGGCUCUGUGAAGAUAGCAGAGAUGAUUCUUGUGGAGCUGAAGAAGAUUAUAGUGUAGGAAAUACAUCAGGUUCUGUUGAGUGCCAUUGGCCAGUUUCACCCUUUCUGUGCAAGAGUGAUUCAGUAGAAUACAAAGGACUAGCUCUUGUACAUCUUCUGAUUGUCUGUGCAGAAGCCAUUUCAGAUGGAUCCCAUGAUCUUGUUGAAGUUAUUCUGUCUAGGUUGAAAGAACUGGUUUCUUCAACUGGGGCAACCAUGGAGAGGGUGGCUUAUUAUCUCUCUCAGUCCCUUGAGCAGAGGCAUCAUUGCUCAAUUGCUGGUGAUGAUAUGGAGGAGGAUCUUUUCAAUGCCUUCAAGAGUACCAAAGACCCAAAUUAUCUUGGGGCUCUUACAUUACUAAAUCAAGCAUAUCCUUAUAUUAGGUUUGCUCAUUUCAUAGCCAACCAAAGCAUUUUAGAAGCCAUCCCUGUUCAGCAGGCAAAGACACUUCAUAUUCUUGAUUUUGACAUAAUGGAGGGCAUGCAGUGGCCACCAUUAAUUGAAGCUUUGAAGAGUGAGGCUCACAAGAUUUGCCACCUGAAGCUUACAGCAGUCAAAUGGGAUGAUGAUGAUGAUGAUGAUGAUGAUGAUGAUGGUGAUGGAGAUGGUGAUGGUAAUGGUAAUGGUGGUAAUGGUGGUGAUUUAGGCCAAUUUUCAUUGUCCUGCAAAGACACAGGGAGGAGAUUAUCUGAGUAUGCAUGCUCUUUGGGGAUUCCAUUUUCAUUCCAAGAAACCCAAUUGGAAAAUCUGAAAGACAAUCUAAGUUGCAGUGAUGAUGAAAUGGUGGUUGUCAAUUGUAUGUGGGCAUUGCCACAUAUGUUGGAGCGCAGUUCAAAGAAGUUAUCAAGAUUCGUUGAGGGAACAUGCCACCUGAAUCCAGCUAUCCUGACCUUGGGCACAGGACCUAAUGGAAUUCUAGGUCAUAAAAAGGUCAAUUUGUUAGAGCGUUUUGUUCGAUGUCUGAAGAAUUCAUGUGCACUGUUUGACUCCAUGGAAGCAGGAUUGCCUGAGCAAUAUGGUUCUGCAAGAGCAACAAUGGAACGCUUAUUUAUGGCUCCAAUGAUAUGCAGGCCCAUUCAUUAUUUGUCAGAGGAUGAGGAAUUUAUCAGAGUGAUGGACCUCCCACUGCAAUAUGGCUUUGCUGAAGGUCAUAUAAGCAACAAAAACACCAUGAAUGCAAAGCUUAUGGCUGAGGAAGGAGAACAUUACAGAAUGGAAAUAGAGGGCAAUAACCAGCUACUUCUACAAUGGCAAUCUAUUCCAUUAACAUCCAUCUCUACUUGGAAACCAACAAAUCUUGCAUGAAGAAAUUUGACCUACUUCAAUGUUCUAAGUUUUGUACAUUCAAAAUGCUGAACACCCUCCUAUUCAUUCCUCGUUGAGAUUUUGAGGGGUGAUCACGUGCU